GUUGUAACGUAUUCUUUAAUAAAUAAAAUAUUAAAUAGAAAAUUUAAAAAGGAAUUCGAAAAGCUGUAGGACCAAUUACGGUUGUGUUAAUGUUAACGAAAUCAGUGUAGAGUGGACAGUAAUCUAUGCAACCUCAUGUUUCUUAUUUUUGCACAGAGAGUCUAGAGAUAAUUUUUGUUUCAUCAGCUAAAUCAUUCUUAAGAAACAUGUGUCGUUACAACAUUUUCUCCAUUUUAAUUUUCUUACUCUCUUUAAACUAUUUGACACAAGUAAAUUCUUACGUGCCAUCUACGCCAAUGUUUGAAAUUUUAAACCCAAAAGGAAUUCGCAUAUCAAUACCAGAUGAACCAGGCUUGCAAUUUUUUGCGUUUCAAGGGAAUAUAAAUAAGGCUAUUGAAUUAAACGAAAUAGGACGAAUAUCGAAUGAAGUGUAUAGAAAGGACAAUGGAAAAUGGACAAUUCAAAAUCAAAAUAUAAACUUAAUGAAAGGAAAUGUUAUACAUUAUUGGAUUUACGUGCAAGUUAAGGAAGUAAUGUAUAACAAAAACGGAACCUGGAAAGUUAUAGUUAGUCAGUUAGUGUUCAAUGAAACUUUCGACUCCUUUAAUAAAUCAAUUUGGAAAUACGAAGUGAAAAUACCAUUAAAUCCAGACUAUGAAUUUUGUAUUUACCACAAUGAACAACAGCCAACAGUAUCUGUUAAAAAUGGGAUACUCAAAAUCAAACCAAUGAUUUUAGAAAAAGACUAUGGUGAAGAUAUAACUGCAUAUGGAACAUUAAUACUUAGCGAGUGUACCAGUAAGAUUUCAGCUGAAUGUUUGCGUAAAGCCACAUCGUUCAAUAUUUUACCGCCUAUUGUAUCUACCAGAUUAAUCACGAGCAGUUUUCAUUUUCGAUACGGUAAAAUUGAAAUAAGAGCAAAAUUCCCUGAAGGUGACUGGUUAUAUCCAGAAAUGUGGCUUAAACCAAAGUAUGGUUAUUAUGGUUCCGAUUAUUCCAGCGGAUGUGUUAUCCUCGGUCUUGCACGUGGAAACGAUAAUUUAAUUAACGCUACCAAUGGAAGCAUCUAUGAUUCAAGAAGAUUAGAUUUUGGAAUCCGUGUAGGUAAAGAUACAAACGAUACGAACGUUACAAAUUACAUGGUUUCUCAGAUACGAGAAAAUGGCUUAAGCUGGACAAAAGAUUUUCAUACUUAUACAACAAUUUGGGAUCUUGACGGAUUCCAAUUUUUCGUAGACGAUAAAGAAGUUGAUAAAUUAAAACCUCCAACGGAUGGUUGGAUAUAUGGGAGUUAUUUCAACAAAAUGGCACCUUUUGAUCAAGAAUUUCGUAUCGUAAUUGGUGUGGGAGUUGGUGGUAUUCGCGUAUUUCCUGAUAAAACAACUAGCUCCGAACACGCAAAACCGUGGAAAAAUGUUGGUGCCAAGGCAAUGUUGAACUUUUGGCAUGCAAAAGAUCUGUGGUUGCCAAGUUGGAAAAAAAAUACCGCGCUCGAAAUUGAUUAUAUUCGGGUAUGGUCAUUUUAAAAUUGCGCUAUUAUUAAAAAUUUAUGUAAACAUAAAAGAGUACUAGAUAAAUUAUAAAUGAACAUAAGUUAUAAUCAUAAGUCAAUUUGUACACAUCGUAGUAACUCUAAGUUUCUCCGUUACUAGUUUUAAAUAUACUUUGUACUAAUUAAAUAUAGCGCAAUGUUUCCGCAAAUAAUAUAAAUUAUUUAAAUAUAUAAAUAUGUCCGCCUUCGUAGAGAUGAAUCAAAUAUUGCCAUACCUAUAAAAUGCCAUCAAAUUUAUCAUUAAUCAUUGUGUCCUUUUCAAUUUCGCAAUUAAU